CAACGAUGACAACGACAGAGAGGAGGAUGAUAUCGUCUCUGAUCGAGAAGAUGAUUAUGAUCAAGAUUGGGAUGUUAAUCCGUUCCCUGACGAUUACAACGAUGACAACGACAGAGAGGAGGAUGAUAUCGUCUCUGAUCGAGAAGGUGAUUAUGAUGAAGAUCGGGAUGAUUAUCCGUUCCCUGACGAUUACAACGAUUACAACGAUGACAACGACAGAGAGGAGGAUGAUAUCGCCUCUGACCGAGAAGAUAACUAUGACGAAGAUCGGGAUAGUUCUCCGUCCCCUGGUGACUUUGAUUACGACUACUAAGAUUACCAUGAUGGAAAUGACGCAGAGAACGAAAACCAGUGACCAGCCAUUUUGGUGAGAGCUCAUGAGACCUGGAACUUAUUGAGUCAUCAUGUAAGAAGAAGGAACUAAAGGUCGUAGCCUGACUACGCGUUGCCAAGCGACCCACACAACUUGGUAACGUUAGUUUGUUCGGAGAACAAUACAGAGCCACCGAGUUCAGUGCCUCAAAAAGUAGUUAAACAAGUUUUAUCUUGUUUUUAUUGAUCUUUUUUAAAUAUGGAUACUUUUUUGAUCUUCAGGGAAUUUAAGCAGAACAAUUUGCAGGAACAGAUGGUGUGACCAAGAAAUGCCCGGCUGUAACUCA